CGUCUUCGACACUUGCUGUCAUUUCCUUCCCUUCUUCCCCUCGCAAGCUCGACGACGCUCAUGGCGGUUAGAGCACGGCGACCCGCGUCACCUCCGCCUGGUGCUACGCAUCCCACUCCCCAACGAUUUCCACAUCCCAGGCAGGACCAUUUAGAUGCAGACCAACGCCGCGCCGCUGCCUCCAAAGGACUGGCCCCAGGGCGUGUAAAAGUGUACCCACUUGGAGGACUGAGUCUCAGCUCUGGCGAGUGGAAGCUGCUCAUCGUAGUGCUCGUGGUUGCUUGUAUAGUUCGCCUUUUCCGCCUCUCCAAGCCUUCAAGUGUCGUCUUCGAUGAAGUUCAUUUUGGCAAGUUUGCCAGCAAGUACAUUAAGACCCAAUACUUCGUCGACGUCCACCCGCCUCUGGCCAAGCUUCUCAUAACUCUGGCCGCAUUCGUAUUCGGAUAUGACGGAAGCUUUGAGUUCAAGGAUAUCGGAAAACCUUAUGAAGACGUGCCCUACGUGGCCAUGCGUCUAGUUCCAGCUCUUCUCGGCAUUGCCACUAUUCCCCUUUCCUAUUUGACCCUCCGUGGCCUCGACUGUCGCGCGACUACUGCACUCCUUGCAUCUCUUUUCAUUACCUUCGAGAACGGGCUUGUCACCCAAUCUCGUUACAUCUUACUCGACGCUCCCCUCGUCUUCUUCACCGCCCUCGCUAUAUUCUUUUGGGUUGGAUUUUGUAACGAGGACAAACACGAACCAUUUACUGAAUCAUGGUGGUUCUGGCUCGUGAUGUCCGGUAUAUCGCUUGGUGCCGUUUUAAGCGCCAAAUGGGUCGGCCUUUUCACGGUCGCCACUGUUGGAUGCAGCACCAUCCACCAACUCUGGGUGCUCUUAGGCGACCUACGUGUCAAACCUAAAACUUGGUUGCGACAUUUCGUUGCUCGUGCUCUUUGCCUCAUCGUCAUCCCCGUCGUAUUCUACAUGGGGAUGUUCCAGAUUCAUUUCAUGAUUCUAGGCAGCUCGGGUGACGGAGAUGGCUUUAUGAGCUCUGAGUUCCAACACACUCUUGGUGGGCGCGGGAUGCAGGACACCUUUGCGGACGUUUAUCUCAACUCAAUCGUUACCAUUCGCCAUGUCAACACCCAAGGCGGCUAUCUCCACUCUCAUGCUCACAACUAUCCUGGUGGCAGCAAACAACAGCAAAUUACGCUCUACCCACAUCGUGACCACAACAACGACUGGCAAAUUACAAAUGCAACAUGGGAAGAAAUUCCGUCGAAUGGCCUCAUGUUUGUCGGCGACAAAGCCCGCGUAAAAUUAUUCCACCCUUCUACCGACAAACGUCUCCACUCCCAUGACUUCCGCCCGCCAGUGUCAGAAGUUGACUUCCAGAACGAGGUCUCGGCUUAUGGCAUGGCCAAUUUCGAGGGCGAUGCUAAUGACGAUUGGUGGCUCGAAAUUGUCAGCGGAGACAAGCGUGACUCGCACUCAACGAAGCGACUCCGGACAAUCAAAACCAAAUUCCGUCUCCGCCAUGCACUUACUGGCUGCUACCUCUUCUCGCACAAGGUCAAAUUGCCAGAGUGGGGUUUCGAGCAGCAAGAAGUUACGUGCAACACCAAUGCGGUCAUGGCCAACUCGUUGUGGUAUGUUGAGACUGCGACACACCCAAAUCUUCCCGACGACGCACCGAAGGUCAACUACAAACUUCCUGGAUUCAUGGGCAAGUUCCUCGAACUCCAACAAGUGAUGUGGACGACGAACGCUGGAUUAACCGAUCGACACACAUAUGACUCCAGACCGGAUGCCUGGCCUCGCCUUCGUCGCGGAAUUAACUUCUGGGUCAAAGACCACACUCAAGUCUAUUUGAUCGGCAAUGCUAUGGUUUGGUGGCUCAGCUCACUUGCCGUGCUGAGUUACGUCGCUGCCCGUGGAUUCCUCAUUCUCCGUGCAAAGCGUGGUUAUCGUGACUUUGACAACACCAAGGUGGUCAAGUACGAUUCGAUCUGCGGGUUCCUCUUUAUGGGAUGGUUCUUACAUUACUUCCCCUUCUGGCUUAUGGGCCGCCAGCUCUUCCUGCAUCACUACUUCCCCGCGCUCUAUUUUGGCGUCUUGCUUUUCGCGAGUGUGUUCGACCUUGCUACUUCAACGUUGCGACCACGCGUGCGACUUCAAAUCGCGGCAGUUCUUAUUAUCCUUGCCAUUUGGAACUUUUCUCAUUUUAGCCCGCUUGCCUACGGCACCCAGUGGACGAAGAGCAAGUGUAAUAGCGCCAAAUGGCUCAAGACGUGGGACUUUUCGUGCAAUGACUUCCACGAUAAUUACUCCGACUACACCCCCGGGAUGGCGGCAGCGACUCCACAUAAACCACCAGUCGCGGUCGUGACCAAUCUUGACGAGAAGACGUCCGCAUUUGUCGUCAAACCGGAGCCAGGGCGAGAUAUUUUUGCCGGUGAAGGUCAAGACUCGGUGAAGAGCAGGGCACCACCGCCACCACAUCCAGCUGACGAGCAUGUCGUGACGAAGGACGGAGAAUCAGACUUGGAAUCCCAAUCUUCAUCAUCAUCAUCAUCUUCGUCGUCGUCACAGAAGGCUGCAUCUUCAUCACAGUCAUCUGGGUCGAGUAGCUCUUCGAGUUUGGUGUCCGACAAGGGAGACCAUGAAGCAAAAGCGGGCAAGCUGGCUGGUCCGUUAGGAGAAGCGGAAGCGGAGGCGGAGAAGGUUGCGCAUGAGCUGUACCCCGAUGCGGACUAG